CCUCAAAACAUCUUUAUAACCAUCUCCAAACCACUCGUUUUUGGCUGGCAAAACAUGGGUUCGGCUCGGUCUGAUCAUGGCUCCGGAAAAGAGCGGUUGAAGUGGACUCAAGAACUCCAUGAUUUGUUCGAAAAGGCAGUUAAUCAGCUGGGAGGUCCCGAUAGGGCUACUCCAAAGGGUAUAUUGAAGGCCAUGGGGAUAACAGGACUUACCAUUUACCAUGUUAAAAGCCAUUUACAGAAAUAUAGAAUGUCGAAGUUUAUCCCCGAAUCAUCGAGACGAGACAAGCUCGAGAAAAGAAGCAUACCGGAAAUGUUUCCAAACUUUGGCGUAACAUCUGGUGCUCAAUUAAAUGAAGCAUUACAAAUGCAGAUGGAAGUUCAAAGACGAUUAAGUGAUCAAUCUGAGGUUCAAAAGAACUUGAAGCUGAAGAUUGAAGCACAAUCAAAAUUUCUUGAGAAACUCACCGAAGCACACAAAACCCGACCAAAUAUUGCAAAGAUUAGUAAGAUCGUGACAUCUCCAACAUCUCUACCAUCUCUCUGCGAUGUGUCUGAAUCCACCAUGAAAGACUUCGAAUCCGAUUCUGAAGUAGACACAAAUGAGACGAGAUACAAACAAGAUCUCCGCAACGCAAAGAGGGGUAGGGUCGAUCAUGACGAUGAUUUUGCACUCACUCAGAGAUUCAAACGUACUUCGCUCAAUACUGCAAGUGUUCUCCUUCCGAAAGGAGGCAAUUCGUUUCCUCCCCAAGACGACAUCUUUCCGUGGGGUUUAGCGUUUUGCCAGUCCCCGUUGAUUCCGGCUUCAUUUAAUUCUUUUGGUUAGAGCAUUGAUCGUUGGCUCCAAAGAAUUUUGUGCAUGUUGGAUACUUGGAUUGUAUUGUACUUUAAAUA